CUCUGACGCGACGUGACUGCAAUAAUCCAUCUAGGGUUCGCCCAGUCCUAAGUCUGCGCGCGCUCUUAGUAUCCACGUUGGCUGGUGGUAGACGUAAUUGCUGGCAGAGUGUGUGGAUGAUACCUGGGCCUGUGAUUCCGGAUUUUUGCUGGUUAUUAGUCUAAUGUUUACGUAGAAUUCGAUGACAUUCUGAGCCGCAGAUUCACAGCGUGCGUCACAAACUUAGCCGGCACAUUCCCACUGGGGAUUCCAAGCCCUUGAUUCGUGCCGUUUUUCUUUCUUCAGGGCUAGCUAAGAAUCAGGCUUAGGGUAAUUCCGCGGAUUAUAUCAUGUUCCCAGCAUGUCCCUAAGGCGGCUGUUCCAGGCGUCUGGCAGACGAGUCCCUAGGUGCGCGGAGUCGCCGCUUUAGGGAAACGCUACGCCGCUCCCCUGACACCAGCGUAGCAGCAAGAGGCUCUACCCUCCAGCCCUCCAGGCUCGCCAUUUGAGUCGACUCGAAAGUCACCUCCAGCCCUCCAGCCCUCUAGCCCUCCAGCCCUCUAGCCCUCCAGCCCUCCAGCCCUCCAGCCUUCCAGCCCUCUAGCCCUCUAGGCGCGCCGCGAAAUACGAUAUAGUUUCGCCGCGUGGAUCGUCCAGCCUGGCUCUAGUGUGCCUCGCAGCCGCUGCGACCUAGCACGAAGCCACAUCCCUCACGCUUCGCAGCGCAAGGCGGCAACUCAACGGAACGCGUCGGUACUCUUCGGUUCUGAUCGCGCCGUUUUUACUCGGCGAGCACCUCCGUCCGCCAGAUCGUUGACUCCACCCGUCAGCCGUCAGCCAGCUUUCGCCGUUUCACGUAUCCUCGCCACCGUGUCCGCGGUAUCGACAUGUCCGCGAUCUCGCUACAAGCCUUCCGGCCGACGGCCGAGAAGGUGUACCACGUGGACGUGCACCCCACGCUGCCGUGGAUCGUUUCAUCGGACGGCCACGAUAACGUCGUCGUGUGGGACUGGGAACACCGCCAGGUGUUGUACGAGGUGAAUGCGGGGGGCGUGGACGAGCGGCGCCUGGUGGACGCUCAGCUGCAGCGAAUCGCAGAUGGGGAGGAGCACGCCAAGACAAGGUCGUCAGCAGUGGGAGCAGAGGCCAUUCGAGGAGGAGGAGUGAAGGACGUAAAAUUUUAUGACGAUGACGUGCGCUUUUGGACGGGGGCCAUCGCACGGGCGGCAGUGGCGGAAUCCCCCACAGUCACUUCUGCCGGCCUCCUCGUGCCGCCCAUCGGCGCCGCCCCGUCCGCGGUGCGCGGGCGGCGGUUCUUGUUUGUGUGCUGCGACAACAAGGCGAUCGUUGCCGACCUUGUGACCAUGCGCACUAAGGACAUUCCAAAACUGCUGCUGGACAACCGCUCGCCCCUUUGCGUUGAAUUCCUGCCUCGCUCCAGUGUGCUUGGCGACGGCCCCUUUGCCUGCUUUGGAGGGCCGGAUGGAGCCAUUCGAGUGCUCUCCCUCGCCACCUGGCAGAUAUCUCGCAAGUUCUCGGGGGGGCACAAGGGCGCAGUGCACUGCCUGCUGCCCUUUAUGGCGGGGAAUGGGGAGAUGCUCCUGGCAUCAGGCGGUGCAGAUGGCACCCUUGUCAUGUGGGGGGCGGACUCCCAGGCGAGCCCCUCGAGGGAGGUGGCGCCCAAGAUCACUCUGCCCAAGGCGCACGACGGGGGCGUCGUGGGCAUCAGCCUGGCUCGCAUUCACGGCGCCGCGCCGCACCUCGUGACCUGCGGGGGCGACAAGGCGGUGGCGUUCUGGGAUACCACCAUGUUCAGAGAGGUGCGCCGCCUGAAGCACGCCAUUCCCAAGGCCCUUUGCCACACCAUCGCCAGCUGGCGCCACCCCAGAGUGCCAGCUGUCGAGGUGCUCGCCUGCGCCAAGGACUCGCACAUCUGGGCGUUGGAGGCGUCUGGGGGCAGCAGGCCCAUCUGCGACCUUUCCACUCACGUGCCGCCUACCCCCCAGCUGGCGGCAGGCAAGAAGCUCAAGAUCUACUGCAUGAUGCCGCACAGCCUGCAGCCGCACCUGGUGGUUUGUGGCACCAACGUGGGAGUGCUGCUCACCUGCUUCGACCGCAGGGCCGUGCCCCCCGCAGCCGCGCUCCCCACGCCCCAGGGCUCCCGGCAGCACCAGGUGGCGUUCUGCCUGGGUAGGGGCCUCAACGCGCUGGCCUUCCAGCUGCUGACAGCAGCGCAGUUUGGGCCUGGGGCAGGCGUCACUGUGGCUGGGGGAGGUGGCAGCCAGAGGCCCGUCACCCCCGCUGGAGUUACACGCGUGGAUGCCCUUGAGGCUGCUGUGCCUGAGGUGAAGCAGGAGCGGCGGAGAGCAACGUCUGUUGCGCAUGAGAGCUACUCGCACCUCUCUGUCAGCAAGUCGGGCAAGUACCUGGCGGUGCUGUGGCCCGAGGUGCCCUUCUACAGCGUGUACAGCACGGCCGACUGGAGCGUCGUGGACUCUGGCACCGCGCGCCACUUCGCCUGGGACACCUGCCAGGACCGCUUCGCCAUCCUGGGAGGGGCCGUGGUGCCCAAGGUGCAGAGCAGCUCAGCCAGCUCAGGGCGACAUGGAUUCAGAGGGCGCAGCAAGAAGGACGUCAAGGAGGCAGAGGCGGCGGCUGCUGCUGCCAUGGCUGCUGCGGCUGCAGCCCUGGCCGGGGCGACUGUGGAGGUCAAGCGCAUCCGGAACGGCAAAGUGCAGAUUUUGUGCGGAUCCAUUGAAUCUGGACGCAAGGAGCAGGUCACGGGUCUCUUCCCAGGCGCGCUGCUGGGAGUGGCCUACAGGAUGCCCAAGAAGGCUGCUCUCCCAGGGGUCAGCCUGCCCUCUGCUGCAAUCUCCUCACGCGCCGAGACCAUGGCUGACUACUCUGAGCACCCGCCUAAUUUUCACCUUAUAAGUUGGGAAACCUUCAAGCCAGUGAGCGGCAUGCUGCCAGAGCCGGAGUGGGCGGCGUGGGACCCAAUAGUGGAGUACUGCGCCUUUGCCUACGCCACUCACAUCGUCAUCGCCACGCUUCGCCCGCAGUUCCGGUGCCUGGGGCACGUGGCUGUGAGGGGCGCCACUGGGGGCACGUGGCACCGGCGGCAAUUGUUCCUUGCAACCCCUACUUCUGUGGAGUGUGUGUUUGUUGAUGCCGGUGUGAGUGCAAUUGACUUGGAGACUCGGCGCCGAAAGGCGGAGAGGAAGAGGAGGGACGAGGAGGCAAAGGUGGUGGCCGAGAAGGGCGAGCUGGCGCUGCUGGCCAUGGAGCCGCCCAAGACGGACGAGGCGCCUGAGCGGGUGCAGCUGCGACCACCCAUGUUACAGGUGGUUCGCCUCGCCUCCUUCUCCUCGCCCCCAGCCGUCCCCCCUAUUUCUGCCAUGGCCCGGGCCCGCAGCCUAUCAGCAGACGCCACGUCAGCAGGCGCCUCCUCGGGACCCGGGCUGCUGGACGGCCCCGAGGUGAAGCCGCCCGAAAUGGUGGUGGGCGGCGGGGGCGUGCCGGUGGCGGCCGGGCGGCUACCGAUGGAGCAGAGGCGGCCGGUGGGGCAGGUGCAUGUGGUGGGCGUGAGGGACGGCGUCUUGUGGCUCGUUGACAGGUUCAUGACAGCGCAUGCCAUCUCCCUCACCCAUCCCGGAGUGCGAUGCCGGUGCCUCGCUGCCCAUGGCGACCCCGUUGGUGCUGUCAAAUGGGCAUCUCGCCUAGGCAGGGAGCACCACGACGACUUGGCCCAGUUCAUGGUGGGGAUGGGGUAUGCGCGAGAGGCGCUGCACCUGCCCGGGCUGUCGAAGAGAUUCGAGUACGAGCUGGCCAUGUCGUGUGGCGAGCUCGACCGCGCCCUGCAAUGCCUCAUGGCGCUCUCCCGCCCCAUGUCAGCCUCGGGAGCAGCUGUGGCGGAUGCUGAUGCGGCCAUUGACAGCCAGAUGGACUCCACUGGGAUCCUCGCCAUGGCAGCAUCGCAGGCCAACAUGAUGGAGGCAGCAGUGGGCGUGGCCAGAUACGCCUCUGAGUUCCUCGAUCUCGUUGACGCAGCAGACGCCACCGGGCAGGCUGACGUGGCGGUGCGGGCGCUGCGACAGCUGGCGGGGGCGAGCUUGCUGGAGGGCGCUCUGCUGCCAGCCGUGCAGCGGAGGGUUUCCUUGAGACUUGCUUUGCACGGAGAAGGAACCAGGCUGCAGAUGCAGAUCCAGUCUCUUGUUCGUGCGGGGUGUGGGAGGGAGGCCGCAUGUGCGGCUGCACUGCUGGGAGAUGCCAAUAUGCUUGAGAAGGCAUGGGCGGACACAGGGAUGGUGCCUGAAGCGGCUCUGCAUGCACUGUCCCAUGGCCGGCCCACCCUGGCCGCUCUCUUAAAGCAGUGGAACCGGUGGCUGCAGAAGGAGGAGGCGCAGCUGAAGCGCCACAACAUGCUGCACACGGCGCACUUCAACACGCUCUUCGCCAACACCCAGGCCUCCGACGAUCCCUUCCAGACCCUCGCACCCACCACCAAAGACCCACCUAUCCAGAUUGUUCCCCCUCGCGAAUACUCCGUCGCCCAAACCGCCGACGACGGCAGGUUUUGCAGCGGGUUUGGGGCAGUGGGGGGAGCAGGAGGAGGGAUGGCUGGUGGUUUCCCAUCUGCUGUCGCUGCUGCGGCGGCGGCAGCUGCACCGGUUUGGUCCCUGGCUACAGCUGCGGCUGGGGGAAACUGGACUGCUCUUGACUCUCAAGCUCAAGAUGACCCGUCGUUUUCGCGGCCUCCGCCUCCCAGGGCGGGGUCCAGUGGUAUCCAGGGAAUGACUGCCCCGCUUGACCUUUCGGUGCUUGAGGGGUCGCGGGAGCAGGCGGCGCCCCAGCGCGGCCUGUCGACCAUUGCUGUGCCGGUGGACUUCAGCCAGUUUGAGAAGGAGUUUGCGGCUAAGGCUACGAUCACUGAAAGUGCCAGGAAAGCAGAGGGAGCAGCAGUGGGAGGAGGGGCAGGAGGGGGGGGAGGGGUGGUAGGGGCGGCAGGGGCGGUGGCAGGAGUGGCAGGGGUUCAGGGGGGAGAGAUGGGGAGUGGGAGCAAGGGGCAAGGGAAGGCAAAAGGGGGUGAAAGAGGGCAGGCAGAGAGUGGGAGGGCAGCAGCUGGUGUAGGACCAACCAUGGCAGAUCUAGAAUGGGCGGCUCUGGGCGGCAAUUAGCCGAUGCGGGUGGCAACUGGCCUCUGGUAUUCCCGUCUUGCUCACUUGGUUUAUGGGACAUGGCACGGUGUCGUUGCCAACUUACCAGUACAGGAUGAGAUUACUGUAUGUAUGAAUGACAAUCACUUCCACCCUAGUACCGUGAUAUGUCAGAAGAAACGGAAUUUGUAGCACAGCAAGCGAGGGCUUUGAGGGCUUGGUUGUGCCAAAUAUGAACCUUAUCUUGACG